AUGCGCCUGUACCCGGACCUUAACCAGCUUUCCGCGGGGGAGCGCGUGCAGCAGCGCGUGAAGCGCAUGGGCGGCGACGUCCGGCAGCUAGUGGAGCAGCUGUGGGCGGAGGUGGAGGACAUGGAGCGCACGCGCAUGCAGACCCGGGCGGCACGGGCGGCAGGAACCGGGGGAGGAAGGAGCGGGGAAGCUUCCUCCGGGGUGGUUUCCUCUGGUGGUGGAGCGGGACGACCAACACUGGCAGGGGCAGCAGGCGCUAAGGCAGGUGAACAUGUGAAAGGUGUAAGGGAGGAAACGGCGCAGCAGAAGGGAUGCGGAGAAGGAAGGGGAGAAAGAGAGAGAGGGCAGACGAAGAAGAAGUUGGAGGAGGGAAGGGAGGAAGUUUUGCCGGCGUUACAGAGGCCAGUCGGGUCUGAGCGGUUUGUAAGUGUGGUAGAGGCAAGCGGGGAGUCUGAUAAGGGCGUGAAAGUGAAGGCGAAGGUGCAAGAGAGGGAGGAAGUUCUGCCGUCGUUACAGAGGCCAGCGGGGUCUGGGCGGUUUGAUAAUGCUGCAGAGGCGAGCAAGGUCUCUUCUGACAAGGGCGUGCAAGGGGAGGCGAUGGGAGGAAAGGCGAAGAAGGCGAAGAAGGGGAAGAAGGGGAACAAGGGGAAAGAGGAGAGGGAAGAGGUGAUGCCCGUGUUGCAGAGGCCAGCAGGGUCCGUGCACGCGGUAGAGGCGAGCAGCACAGUGGUGGUUGAGAAGGGCGUGGAGGGGGAACGACCUGCAGAGAAGAAGAAGGACGAAAGGGAAGUCGUCCUGCCGGCGUUACAGAGACCAGUGGGGGGUUCAGGGGGGGCUGUGAGCGCUGACGAGGCCAGCAGGGUGCCUGUCAAGGGCACGACAGGGGAGACAAUGGAUGGGAAGACGAGGGAAAUGGCGAAAGAGGAGGAGAGGGAGCAAGUCCUGCCGGCUUUACAGAGACCAGUGGGGGGUUCAGGGGAGGCUCCUGGGACCAUCAGCAACCCCCAGGCUGUGACGCCUAUCCCCAAGGGCCUUCCCCCCGUUGUCACCCCUCCGCCUGUCGACCUGCGCCGCACCCAUCCUGAUUUCUUUCGCCCUCCCUUCCCCCCCAAACCCUGUUCUUUCCACCACUCCAGGCCUUCCAAGCCUGGGACCACCAGCAACCCCCAGGCUGUGACGCCUAUCCCCAAGGGCCUUCCCCCCGUCGUCACCCCGCCACCUGUCGACCUACCAGUCUCUCAGUCACUCACCCCUGUUCUCUCCCCCACUGCAGGCCUUCCAAGCCUCUGA